CCGAGAAAAUUAGAGAAAACUACAGAAGCAAUUAACGUACGUAUCUGGGCGAGCAGAUCAUUCGUUGAUAUCCUACGCACCCUAAUCAUUCUCUUCCUCUCUUCUCUGAGAGAAAGAGACGCACCCUUGGCUAUGCCUAUGGCCGAGUUGACUCAGACAGAGGUGUACUCACCGAGGUCUCUGCAAGUAUGGCGGACGCUCCUGAACUGGUUGGCCUUGUUCUUUCAGAUCUUCCUUCAGAUCCUCAGAGCUCUUGGCCACCACGCUUUGCUCUCUUCCUCCUCCUCUUCUUCUCCUUCCUUCAAGCCCUUGCCGGUCUCUGAGCUCCCGGACAACGACUCUCCGGAAGCCUCCACCGUUGAAAUCGCCACCGCAUCCGGGGAUUUCGAUUCCGGCGAGCAGUCCGAGAAGCUCACGGUAGUUCUUGACUUGGAUGAAACUCUAGUAUGUGCCUAUGAGACAUCUAGUUUGCCAGCUGUUGUUCGUAAUCAAGCCACAGAAGCUGGGUUGAAGUGGUUUGAACUGGAAUGCAUCUCUUCAGACAAGGAAAGUGAAGGAAAACCUAAGGUCAACUACGUUACAGUUUUUGAGCGUCCUGGGUUGCAAGAAUUCUUAAAAGACCUUGGUGAAUUUGCGGAUCUUGUGCUGUUUACUGCUGGUUUAGAAGGUUAUGCUAGACCACUUGUUGACAAAAUAGAUAAGGAAAAUCGAUUUGGUAGUCGACUCUAUCGACCUUCAACAAUUAGCACGGAGCACCGGGAGCAUGUGAAGGAUCUCUCCUGCCUGUCAAAGAAUCCAUCCCGAAUUGUUAUUGUUGACAACAAUCCAUUCAGUUUCUUAUUGCAACCAUUGAAUGGAAUUCCAUGCAUUCCAUUUACUGCUGGGCAACCACAUGACACACAGCUUCUGGAUGUCCUCCUUCCACUCCUCAAGCACCUUUCUCAGCAGAAAGAUGUGAGACCGUUGCUCCAUGAAAGGUUCCAUAUGCCUGAAUGGUUUCAAAAGCAAGGAAUUCCUACUUCUGCUUGGAUGUUGUAGAAUAAAGACUAUGCAAUAAGAGCCGCCAUUCUUCUUUGUACGAUCACCUACAAUUCCUCUUUUUCAAAGGUAGCACCUCAUCAAUGGACUCAAAAUUUUUGUAUAGCAUCGAUUUGUACACAGGAGGUGAUGAAACCUCGUUUGAAGCUCUAUCCGAAGAUUUCAACUGCUGCACGCCUUGGUCCCAUAGCUACACCAUUUAUGCAUGUAGAUUUGUCAAAGUUCUGAUUGUUAUGAAACUUGAUUUUCAGGCUUGUGAUCAUCUUGAUUGUUUCUGUAACUUGUUAGAAAUUUGUUAAGACAGUAAUCAAUAAUUAUUAGCUGUUUAAAUGUUCCCAGCA